AUGUUUAAUAAUAAUAACGAAUAUGAGUGUUUAUGUAUUUUAGAAGAAAAGUUAGUGAAGCAUUUAGAUGUUAUCGACAAAUUGAUAGAAAACAUUUAUGAUAAUAUAAAUAAUUUGAAUGAAUAUAUAAAUAAAAAAUAUAAUGAAAUAAAAAUAUUAGCUAGUAAAAAACCAACUAGAAUAAAUUGGAUGAAAUGUGAUGAUAAAACACAUAUGUCUUUAUUUUUUGAUAAAAAAAUAGGAUUCAUACCAUCAAAUGAAGAUGCUUUAAAAAUAUUAGAUUCACAAUUAAUGUUAUCAAAUUAUAGAAAAAAAUAUGAAUAUAAAAAGAAUUCAUGGACCAAAAAAGAUAUAGAUAAAUUAUUUGAAACUGUUGAUAUUACAUUAAAGAAGUAUGCAUGUUAUUAUUUAAUAGAUCAAAAUUUAUCAUGUGACGAAAAAAUUAAUAAGAAAAAAAUGAUUGAACAAAGUGAGCCAAAGCAAAUUUUUAGCCAAAUAAAAUUAUUUUUUGAUAAAUAUAACAAGGAAAAUACACACAAUAAAGGGAAUGAAGAUAAUGUAAAUAAAAAUAUAAAUGAUAAUAUAAGUAAAAACAAUAUUACACACACACAAAAUUGUUAUGAACCUAUUGAAAAAGAACAGGAUAACUCAAAUAAUAUUUUUUCAUAUACAAAAAAUGAUAAAAACAUAGAACAUAAUUUCCUUUAUUUCUCUGAAACCUUUUGGAAUGAAGUUUCAGAAAAACUAUCGAAUAAUCAAAAUGCAAAGGAAUGUCAAAAGAUGUGGUUAUAUUAUGGUUGCUUUGAAGAUGAUAAACAAAAAAAAUGGACAAAAGAUGAAGUAGAUAAAUUAUUAUGUUUAAGUAAAAAAUAUGAACAAAGGAACUGGAAGUGUAUUGCAAGAGAAUUAAAUACCAAUAGAAGUCCUUUGUCGUGUUUUGAACAAUAUAUUAAAAUAAACAAAUUAUAUGAAAAUAAAGAAAAAGUGAAAUUAGAAAGAAUUGCUUUUAACGUUCUUGAAGAUAUACAAUUACAAAUAUUGGUAUCCAUAAUUGGGGAUAAAAAUUGGGCAGAAGUUAAAAAACAUAUGGAAAGUCUUAAUUCAAAUACUAGUAGAAUAAAAAAGAGAAAAACUAAUCUUAAUUUCUUUGAAAAAGAAAAACAAAAAAAAUUUCUGAAUGAUGAAAUAUCUUACAAAAGGAGAUAUUUGCGAUUAAUUAGUGCAACAAAUAACAUGGAACAAUAA